GAUCGGCGACGAUUCGCGUACCGGCCGGCCGAGACGACGUCCGCGCACACCGGGGCAGAACGUCGCAGCACACGCGUCUGGUGCUCGAGUUGAUUUUCACGAUCGUCCGAAUAUCCGAAAUCGUUUCGCGCCGUCCGGAGCUACGAACCAGUUGGUCAUGUACGGCGAGAAACUAUUAUUAUGGACCAUAACGUUGUUGUUAUUGAACCUGACCGAGUAUUCGGCAAGAGCGAAAACCAUCUAUUUGGCAAAUGAAAAAACCGAACUGGACUGGUGGCAAACCGCCGUUAUCUAUCAAAUAUACACGAGAUCGUUCAAGGAUAACAAUGGCGACGGAGUGGGCGAUCUCAAAGGAAUCGAAGAAAAAGCGGAUCAUCUCAAAGACAUAGGCGUGGAUUGCGUUUGGUUGUCAUCGAUUUUCAAGUCACCCAUGGCAGAUUUUGGUUACGAUAUAUCGGACUUCAAUCAGGUCGAUGCCACGUUCGGCACGAUGGAAGACUUUAUGUCGUUGCAAAAAAAACUCAAGUCCUUGGGAAUUAAAAUUAUAUUGGAUUUUGUACCCAAUCAUACGAGUGAUGAGCACGAAUGGUUUAAAAAGUCUGAACAAAAAAUCGAUCCAUAUACUGAUUAUUAUGUAUGGAAAAGCGCCAAAAUACACAGAAAUGGUUUUAAAGAACUACCAAAUAAUUGGCAAAGUGUAUUUAGUAAUUCAGCAUGGGCUUGGAGUGAUGAACGUAAACAAUAUUAUUUACAUCAGUUCCACUCUAAACAACCAGAUUUAAAUUAUAGAAACCCAGAGUUGGUCGAAGACAUGAAGAACAACAUGCGUUUUUGGUUGGAUCGUGGAAUAGAUGGCUAUAGAUUAAAUUCUGUGUCAAAUUUGGUCGAAGAUUCGAAGUUUUUAGACGAGCCUAAGAAACCGGAGGAAAUAGCCGAGAAAGAGAAAAAUACUCACAAACAAUACUAUCACCCGUACACGAUGGAUUUGCCCGAAACAUACGGUAUGGUUAAACAGUUCAAGGACAUCAUGGAAGAAUAUAAACAGAGAGAUGGAAAAACUAGAGUAUUAAUAAUUGAAGCGCACACGUCCAUAAACAACACGAUGAAAUAUUACGGCACCGAUCCCGGUGCCUAUUUACCGUUCAACUUCGGGCUGAUAACCAAACUGAAUGACGGAUCAAACGCCAGCGAUUUCAACGACGCGGUGUACACGUGGCUGGAAAACUUGCCGCGGGGAAAAUGGCCGAACUGGGUGAUCGGAAAUCAUGACAAUCACCGUGUGGCCACUCGAAUGGGUCCCGAGAUGGUUGACGCGAUGAACAUGUUGAACCUGCUGCUGCCGGGCACCGCUUUCACGUACAUGGGUGAGGAGAUAGGGAUGGAGGACGCCAGGGUGCGGUGGAACCAAACGGUGGACCCGAUGGGCCUGAACGUCGGCCGGGACGGUUACCGAGAGCUGAGCAGGGACCCGGAACGGUCCCCGUACCAGUGGAACGCGGACGUAAGCGCGGGAUUCACCGUGGUCUCCAGCACGUGGUUGCCGGUGAACCCAGAUUACUGGCAUCUCAACCUGGCCGCGCAGAAGCAACGGUCGCACAGCCACUAUACCGUGUACAAACGAUUGACCGCGCUCAGAAGGACCCGUACCAUGCGGAAGGGCGCUUUCGAAGGGCACGUGUUGUCCGAGUGGGUGUACGCGUUCUCCAGAUCACUAAAGGGAGCAGAGACAUACUUGGUGGUCUUAAAUGUAGGUUCUCAGUAUGAGAGAGUCGACUUAUCUAGUUUGUCAAUAAUCAAAGAAGAGAAUUUGAUGGUUCACACAUCCAGCGUUAAUUCACAAUAUUCCAUAAGGGACACAUUGAAUACGACAAAUUUCGAGAUGAGACCUAAGUCGGCGUUGGUGUUGGUCUCUGAACAAUAUUUUACGUCAUCUGCACUUCCAUUGUCGACCACGUCUCUGGUUGUUUUAACGUUCAGUUGGGCUAUCCAGUGGUUAUCAAAUGGUGUUUGAGAAGAUUUAUUAUAUUAUUGUAUCAUUGUUCCUUUUGAUUAAAAUAUAAGAUCUCUAAGAAUGUAAAAAAAGGAAAAUUAUAAAUGUAUAAACAACUUAAAGAUGUAUUUUCACUGUUGGCAA